AUGCAGCUCUCCAGAGUUCUCGCUACCACACUUCUGCUCCUCCACAGCGCCGUAAUCGCCUCCUCCAAUGGACUCACGUACCUGCUGACUGUCAACUCCCAGCCAAUUGGGGGCAGUGUUGAGACAUUAUGUGUCCAGCUCUACACAUGCCGCCCAUUACUUUCCUUAGUGGCACAUCUGGAACACAGGCAGGAAAACAAAACCAAGGCUCUUAUGAGGGUUCCUGCUGUAACCAUAGAUACAGAAGCUUCCGUUUCCCUGGAGAUCAAAGGGAGAUUCGCAUUUGUGAAUAAGAUAACAAAAAUCCUCAUAAAACCUCCUGGUCUGUUGAGCAUCAUUGAAACAGACAAACCCAUCUAUAAACGGGGACAAACCGUCAAAUUCCGCAUAGUCUCGUUGCAUUCCAACUUCUUAACCUACAACCAGAUGUUCCCCACAAUAGAAGUGAAGGACCCCAACUCCAACCGCAUUGGUCAGUGGUUGAACGUGUCCACAUUCAGUGGCUUCUUGGAUAUGUCGUAUCCCAUAAACCCAGAGGCUGCAGAGGGAUUCUACACCAUCACUGUCUGGAACGAGAGGAAUGAACCAAUCAUACAACAAUUUGAAAUCAAGGAAUAUGUGCUGCCAAAGUUUGAAGUGACCGUUGAGCUUCCUCCAGUCAUAACCAUUCUGGACACAACGGUCACACUUAAAGUGUGUGCAAAGUAUACUUAUGGGAAACCAGUGAUAGGGUCUGCGACUGCCGUGGUCUGCCGCAAAAGUUACAGAUACUGGUGGUUUGCGCCAGGAAGUGCACAACUUUCAGACAUCUGUAGAACUUUUAAAAUGGAGACUGGCAGGACGGGCUGCGGGUCCUACGUCAUUGACCUGAGCGACUUUGUACUGAGUGAUACACGAUAUGUAGACAUUAUUAGUGUUGACGCUGAAGUGGAGGAAUAUGGGACAGGAGUGGUUAUGUCAGGUUCGGGUAGCAUUUCUAUUACAAGUGAUAUUGUCACCCUCACCUUUGUGAACGCUGAUGAUGUGUUUAAGCCAGGGAUGGCCUAUGAAGGAGAGAUUAAAGUUACCGGCCCAGACUCCACCCCUAUAAUAAAUGAGCCUGUAUAUCUAAUUGUAAGAUACGCUGAAAACAAAAACAAAACCUGGACGCUGGUUACCGACGACAACGGUGUCGCUGCAUUCUCCUUAGACACACAUCCAUGGGGUUUGCAGACAGCCUCUUUAGAGGCCCGAUAUCAUAUGGAAGAGUAUUCAUUCGGAUAUGUGGGCAUGUUGCGUAGACCAACCUAUCCCUCGGCUUACCUCUGGCUUCAGCCCUUCUACUCCAAAAGCAGCAGCUUCCUGGAGUUGUUGCGCCCCCUGGUGGCGUUCAGUGACAGCGAUGCAGUAGUGGUAGCUAAUUACAUCAUCCACAGCAGAGCACUGGAACCACAACAGAACUCCUUAGACUUCUUCUACAUGGUGAUGUCCCGAGGUCAUACAGCUCAGCAGGGAUGCAUCACAGUAGAAGUGGAUCCAGAAAAAGAGAACCGUGGAAAACUCUCAAUCCUCCUACAGAGUCCUCUCAGUCUGGCUCCAGUCGCCCAGGUGGUGGUGUAUGCCCUGCUUGCUAACGGAGACGUGCUGGCUGACAAUAUGGACUUCCCCAUUGAGCUGUCUCUGAUGAACAAGGUGUCUCUGGAGCUCUCCUCAUCUGAGGAGCUUCCUGGACUAAACAUUUUCCUGACGCUGAAAGCUCACCCAGGCUCACUGUGCUCUGUGAGGGCCAUCGAUGAGAGUCUGCUACUGCUCAGACCAGAAAAGGAGUUCACCAUCCAAUCUGUCUACAACAUGCUUCCUAUCCAGAUGUUGUCAGGAUAUCCGUACGGCACGGAAGAUGAGGAUCCCAAUAUGUGCAUUUUCAGGCCCCCUAUCAUGGAACCCUUUGUUAAUCCAAGAUCUCGUCUCCCUGUCUUACCUAUUCUCCUAGGAAAAGUCAACGUAUACAACGUCUUUAAGUAUGCAGGAAUCAAGAUCAUUUCCAAUGCUUAUAUUAAAAAAAAAGAGGUCUGCCGGCCAACAGGUCCUGUGCCAACAUUUGACUUGUUACUCAUGAGCAGCAGUGUGGCAGCUGAUGCAGGACAAAUGCAGGAUUCAGGACAAAGCCAGCCGGCCAGUAGUGUCCGCAAAUACUUCCCGGAGACGUGGAUCUGGGACCUUGUGUUGGUGGGUGAAUCUGGAGCUAUGGAGGUCAGCAAGACCGUCCCAGACACCAUCACCACGUGGGAGGCAGGGGCGUUCUGUACAUCUCCGGUCGGGUUUGGCGUGGCACCAAAGGUCAACCUCACGGCCUUCCAGCCUUUCUUCGUGAGCCUGACCCUGCCCUACUCCAUCGUCCGUGGAGAGGUGUUCACGCUCAAGGCUACAGUCUUCAACUACCUCCCCUCCUGCAUCAUGGUGAAGGUAACCCUGGCACAAUCGCAGCAGUUCUCAGCACAGAGCUGUGUGGGAUGUGUCUACACACACUGCCUCUGUGCCGAUGAGAGCUGGACCUUCAUGUGGGUCAUCACACCCUCCGUGCUGGGGGAGGUGAUCAUCAGAGUGAGUGCAGAGGCUGUACACUCGUCUGUGCUGUGUGGAAAUGGCAUACCCACCGUGCCAGAGAAAGGAAGCUUGGACACGGUGGAGCAGACCCUGCUGGUGGUGGCAGAGGGAACCAAACAGACCAACAGUUACAAUGAGUUCAUGUGCACAAGAGGUGGUGCUGUUGACCAGACAGUCACACUGACGCUGCCUGAAGUGUUUGUGGAGGGUUCCGCCACUGCUUAUGUCUCUGUGCUGGGAGAUCUGAUGGGCCGUGCACUGCAGAACCUGGACAACCUGCUGGCCAUGCCGUACGGCUGCGGUGAACAGAACAUGCUGCUCUUCGCCCCCGACAUCUUCAUCCUGGGGUACCUGGAGAGCAGCGGCCAGCUGACGCCCGCCAUCAGGAGCAAAGCCACCUCCUUCCUGCUGAGUGGCUACCAGAGAGAACUGUCCUUCAAGCAUUUUGAUGGGUCCUACAGUGCGUUUGGGAUGAGUGACAGCUCAGGCAACACCUGGCUCACUGCGUUCGUGAUGAAGUCUUUCGAAAGCGCAAAGCAAUACAUCUUUAUCGAUCAGACAGUCAUCGAUCAGGCCAAGACUUGGCUGGGCAACGAGCAGCAGCCGAACGGCUGUUUCGCCUCAGUGGGCAACCUCAUCCAUGUGGACAUGCAGGGUGGAGUGAAUGAUAAUGUGACCCUCUCAGCUUACAUCACAGCUGCUCUGCUGGAGGCAGGCAAUCAGAGUACGGAUCCCAUUGUAGCCAAGAGUCUGGAGUAUCUGAGGAACGCCCAUGCUAAGACAAACUCCACCUAUGCCAUCGCCCUCCUCUCCUACACCUUCACACUAGCUGGAGACCAGGUGAUGAGAGGAACCCUGCUCUCCCGCCUGAACCAGCUGGCCAUAGUGACAGUGGACGGGCGGCACUGGAGCAGUGGGAGUCAAGGGAUGGGGACAAACCCACUGGACGUGGAGAUGACCGCCUAUGUGCUGUUGGCUUUGCUCUCUGGACCCCCACUGGCCUCGUUUGACCUGGGUUACAGUGCCAGCAUCGUCCAUUGGCUGGGCCAGCAGCAAAACUCCUAUGGGGGGUUCAUCUCUACACAGGACACUGUAGUGGCUCUUCAGGCUCUGGCAAAAUAUAGUAGUAUCACCUACAGCCCGACGGGCACUAUUGCAGUCACUGUGAUGUCAACCCACGGCUUGAAGACCCAGCUCACUGUGGCCCAGUUCACAGUUAACCAGAGCAACAGGCUGUUGUACCAGCAGGCCAAGCUGCAGCAGGUGUCUGGGGUCUACAAGGUCAGGGCAUCAGGCCAAGGCUGUGUGUUUGUGCAGUUCACCAUGUACUACAACAUCCCCCCUCCCAAUGACUUCUCCUCCUUCGACAUCUCAACCAGUGAAGUUGGAAACUGCAGUGAUCCAAUCCCAUCUCUGGAGAUCUCUGUGACUGUCAUAUACAACGGUGCAAAUGAAGUGUCUACCAUGGUGGUCAUUGAAUUUAAACUGUUGUCUGGGUUCUCACUGGUCAAGGUCAUGCUUCAGUGUGGAUUGUUCCUACAGGUGAAUGGAACUGUGAAACGUGUGGAUAAAAAUGAUGAUGUCGUCAUCAUCUACCUGGACGGGCUGAAGAAGGGAGAGCGCCAGACCUACACUCUGAUCAUCCAGCAGGACGUAGUGGUGCAGAACCUGAUGCCUGCUGUGGUGAAGGUCUACGACUACUACAAGCCCAGUGAUGCGGUUGUUACUGAAUACAUCUCCCCAUGUAACUAAAUGUGGACCAACAACCCCCCGAGAAUGACAGCAGCAUCCAACCUUACACAGCAACCCACCGUGUACCAUGACUUGUUCCUUCACCUAUAAGAUGAACAGAAUCUAACUGCACUAACUACGUUUGCAGCCAUUACUGAAUAAUUGCUGAAUUAUUGAAUUAGACGGAUCUGCACUAAUCACAUGCAAAUGGAAAUCUCUCUAUUGCGGCCAUUGUGAAGACAUAUGAAGCUUUUGAUAUUACAUCAUAACGUUUUUCCUUCAGUUAUUUUAAACUGUACAUCCUUUUUUAUUUAUAAUAUUAUAUAUACUGCAUUUGUCCACAAGAUGGCAGCUAUUUACAUUACUGUUUAAGAACUUACAUUGGAAUUCCAUGUGAAAAGAGAUUGGGCUAAAACCAGGCUUUUCUUACAGGAAGGGAAACUCUUCUCUUUAUGUAAUGUAUUAAUUGUCUAGCCAGGGUAAUUAAAUCUCUCAAAAUUGAUCUGGAAUUUUAGCUUCUUAUUCAUUUGACAUUGUGCCAUUCAUUUGACAUUGCCAUUUGGUUUUGAGGUGUGAAACAAUUUUGGAUCUAAAAACAGGAUUUCCAUAAAGUAAAGAACCUGAACUGUGGUGACAGACUUCUUAUUUGUCUAGCAGGACAUGAACAGCCUUCAACAUGCCUCUGAAAUUUGUAUACCUGUGUGUGUUUCUGAAUGUGCUGUGUUCCAGUUGUGAGGUUUGACAUCUAAAAUCAAAAAUUCUCACACAAAGACAUCUAAAAUCAA